GAGAAAGUUGAGUAUAAGAAACUUUCUGAUGAUGACAAAAUAAUUUUUAGAAGAUUCCAGGGUAAGACCCUCAAAAGUCUUACCGAUGAAAUGAUGGAAAUCGGCGUUGGCAACGAAGAGGAACGCCUGAUGUUCAAGAGGAUAUUCAUCCUCUACAUACAGAUGGCGUUCCUUUUGCCAACGACGAUAAACAAAAUAUCACCCGUGCACCUGGCCCCAAUUUUUAAGAUGGACAGCAUAUCGGAGAGAAACUGGGGGGGGGGGCAUAUUUUGACCUUCAUGAUCAAGGGCAUCACAGACUACCAGGAGAAGAAGAAGAAGGCAAUUGAUGGCUGCCUCUUUGCCCUGAUGAUAAUAUACUUUCAUCUUUCAGAAAAUAAAGGCAAGAAGAGGGCUGAAAGACCACCAAAGCCUUGGAUUGUCAACUGGACUAAGGAGCAGUUGGUGGAAAGAAUGACUGCAGAAAGAGAGGAAAUUUUGGUAAGUAAACAUAAUAUGUUACUUGUAUUUUAUUUACCUGAAUGCUGCUAGCUAAAAUAUCUAAUGUUUCAGGGGAUUGUGAAGAUGGCGGAGACAAGAGCAAGAGAAAAAAUGAAAAAAAAAAGAAAAAAAAAGAAAAAAAACAAGAAAUAAAAAAAACAAAAAAAAGGAAGGCGAGUCCAACAUCGUCUUCAGAGACAGAAACAGCUACUGACAAUGACACUUCUACCUCUGAGUCUGAGACUCAAGAAGACUCAGAGGAUUCAGGAAGAAAACACUCCAGCAAAAAGGGGAAAAAAAUGGACUCCAGAAAAAGAAAGCAGAGGCAAAAGGAGUCAGAUUCUGAUUUAGAAUCUGAAUCUGAACCAAGUGAUGAGAGCGAAGAAUCAUCACCUGCAGAAAAGGAGAAGAAAAAGAAAAAAACAAAAACAACACCAAAAAAAACACAACCAAAAAAGAAAAAAGUUGUUGUAGAGGAUUCACCUCCUAAAGAAGAUCAAUACUUUGACGGGUACAGUACCUCGUAA